AUGGCAAACAAUCAAAUCAUCAUUACCAUUUUCAUCCUCCUCGAAUUAGCCUUCUUGAAGGCAAACACCACCACCCAUGAGGUAGCCACCAGAUAUAGAGAUGACCCCAGAGAUGAGUACCCGCCGAGAGAUGACAUUAACACAGCCCGCGUUGUGGUGGAAGGAAAAGUGUAUUGCGAGAGAUGUAAAUACGGCGGACCAUGGUCUCUCUCCGGAGCUCAGCCAAUUGAGGCAGCCAGAGUCAGCGUUAUUUGCAAAAACUAUAAAAGACGACUGAGUUACUAUAAAACAUAUUCCACCGAUAAUGAUGGGUAUUUUUACGCAGAGCUUAAAGGUUUCAGGAUGUCCCAUUAUUUAUUGGAUCAUCCUCUUCAAAGUUGCCGUGUGAAACUGGUGUCAUCUCCUCUUGACCAUUGCAACCUUAUAUCGAAUGUCAACAAUGGCGUCGGUGGCUCACCUUUACGAUUUGAGAACAAGGUGUUGUUUAGGAGGAAUACUGAAACAGUCAUUUAUGCUUCUGGACCUUUGGCUUUUCGUCCUAAUGAUUGCUACGCACAAACCACUCCCUAA